AUGGACGCUCCAAGAAAUCGAAAGCAGCGUCGUGCUGCAGCUGCAACUUCCACAUCGCCCGAGCCUUCGAUCCCCCUCGCGACCCCACCACGCGACCAAACCGCAAAGAAAGGCGAGCGAACAUUGUACGACAUCAUCGCGGAGCGCCAAAAUGAACUUUUAGGACAACAGGCCGUCUCACAGGCUGCAUUAGAUGCGGAACUUGCCAAAGGGCAAAGAUUAAAGUCAAAAGGGACACGAUUCGUGACCGUCGACGCGUCUGGGAAUGUCGUGGACGCCGAGGACAGCGAUCAAGUACCCAUGAAUAUGGGCGCAAAGAAGAUCUCCAACGAAGACACAGAAUCAGCCGGAGACGAACCAGACAAGCCCCUUCCUCCAUUCGUCGACACAGUCCUACUCUCAAUCCCCCUCACAACCCUCCACCUAACACUUGCCUACGUCGCCGCCCACCAAUAUGCCGAACGCAUCGACCUCCCACGCCUCCUUCAAGAAUCAAUCACAAUCACCCUCCCUUUUCUGACAUUCCUCAUCCACUUCGCCCACGGUCACAUUAUCCGCUUCAGACUAAGCAGACGUCUAAGCUUCCUCGCCCCGCAGCCCAUAUCUAUUCUUCCACUCACGCCCGACAAGUUCACAUUCUCUUUCCUCCGCCGCUUGAUCUUCCCGCCUGGACUACGGACAAUCUUGUUUCUUCCAGCUGCGUUGUUCCUUGGUGCUCAUCUCAUAAGUAUCACGAAUGGGGAGCCGUAUUACGCUGUUAUGAAGAAGGCGCCUGCAUUUGGAACAAUGUGGAUUUGGUGUAUUUUGGAGAUGUCUUUUGGCGCGGCUGUGAUCGGGGCAAUGGCACCUCUGGCUUGGGGCGUAUGGUGGAUGGGCUACGGGAUUGUUUGA